AUGCUCGGCAAGAUUAUCCUCGAGGAGGCCUUCGCCCUGCCCCGCUUCGACGAGAAGACGCGGUGGUGGGCCGGUCUGUUCGCAACAGACGUCGAGAAGCACGUGCAAGAGAUUCAGGACGUGGACAAGAUCCGCCUGCAGCACGCCGACAAGCACGGUGUCGGCUACCAGAUCCUUUCGUACACGGCUCCCGGCGUGCAGGACAUCUGGGAGCGAAAGGAGGCCGACGCGCUCGCCGUCGAGAUCAACGACUGGAUCGCCGAGAAGAUCAAGCCACACCCGGACCGUCUAGGUGCUUUCGCAACGCUGUCUAUGCACGACCCCAAGACCGCGGCUGAGGAGUUAAGACGAUGCGUUAAGCAGUACGGCUUCAAGGGCGCAUUGAUAAACGAUACGCAGCGUGCCGGGCCUGAUGGCGAGGAUUUGAUCUUCUACGACGGCCCUGAAUGGGAUACCUUCUGGCAGACCUGCACCGAGCUGGAUGUUCCGCUCUACCUCCACCCCCGCAACCCCACGGGCGUGGUCUUCGAGAAGCUGUGGAAGGCGCGGCACUGGCUGAUUGGCCCCCCGCUGUCGUUCGCGCACGGCGUCAGCCUGCACCUGCUGGGCAUGGUGACGAAUGGCGUCUUCGACCGGCACCCGAAGCUGCAGAUCAUCAUCGGCCACCUGGGCGAGCACAUCCCCUUCGACCUGUGGCGCAUCAACCACUGGUUCGAGGACCGCAAGAAGCUGCUCGGCCUGGAGAAGCAGUGCAAGAAGACGAUCCGUCAGUACUUCGACCAGAACGUCUGGAUCACCACCUCCGGCCACUUCUCCACCACCACCCUGAACUUCUGCUUGGCCGAGGUCAGCGCCGACCGCAUCCUGUUCUCCGUCGACUACCCCUUCGAGACGUUUGAGGACGGAUGUGAGUGGUUCGACAAGAUGGAGCUCAACACCCGGGAUCGGUUGAAGAUCGGGAGGGAGAACGCGAAGAAGUUGUUUAAGCUGGGAGAAUACAAGGAUAGCGAGUCGUUGGUCAUCUAA